AGGUGCAGCCAGCGGCGGCCAGCGGCCAGCGGCCAGCAGCCAACUCAGCUCGUCACACAACGAGAUCCCGAGAACUGGGGCCCACCAUCUUGGCGUGCCCACUAGUCAAGAUCCAGGAACGAGCGGUCCAGGGCAAGCACAAGUUGGGAUACCAUGGCAUGGGAUUGCCCGUGCCCCUGACAAGUCGCCCCGAGUCCUGCAGUACCCCAGCCGUACCGCGGCGGUACGCUCCACGAGUACCUGCUGGCUGCAGCUCUGCUCGCUCCCCACCUGGGCACCACUGGUCCACUGGAAAGCCCCGUGCCGUUGGUCAAGCACCAGCCCAGAGAACGCUCCCUGCCGACCAUCAUCUAUCUCAUCUCGGCCGGGGGCACGGGGAUGAUGAUGUGAACGAGAUGGCGGGUGCGGACUAGCUGCACACCACCCACCCUCUCGCUCACACCCAGGCAAGCCAGGACACCCACACACCCACACGCCCACGCACCCAUACCACCCCGUCAGGCCCGUCCACCGUAGCAGCCCACCGGCCACCAGCUUUACUCUUGUGCCUUCAGCUCCCUCCCGCCGCUGCAGCCAGACACCCACAGCCCGCCAUGCUGCAGCACGCCGACGCCGACGCCAGCGCCAGCGCCAGCGCCUUUUUGACCUGGCUGGCAGGCAGGCUGGGCCUACGCGGUAGGCUUGGGACUUGGACCUCGACCACAACCCGCCCUGCCGCCCUACUACGGCCUCCUCCACCCUUGCCUGCGCCCUCACUGCGCUUUGAACCCUCCGCCCAGCUCCAUCCCUCGACGCCCUUUAAUCAAAGUUGCAACUCGCCUCGUGCUCCGUCGUCAUCUUCUCUCUCUGGGCUUGGGGGCGGAGUGCGCCAGUCUCUGCUGUGUCUGUCUGCGUCUGCUCCAAGAUGAAAGCGUCCUGAAGUCCAUCACAUGGCCCUGGUGCCCUGACCCCAGCCGCAGCCGCAGCCGCAGCCGAUUACUGUACAUACUGUGUGUGCGCUCCGAGGUUUAGGUCCAACUCUAUUCCCCAGUCCAGGUAUGCGAGGACAGCGCAGUGGGUUGCAUGCGCAGUGCAACACCGAGCCGCCAAGUACAAGUUAUGUAUUGCACAGUACUGCACAGGUCAAGAUGACUGGGGCGACUUGGAUGGGGACGAGCAUCCUCGCUCCGAGACUUGGGGGGUCCACCGCCCAGUGGCCCCCCUCCUCCUUCUCCUCCUUGCACCGGCUGUCUUACCCCUGUCCGGCCGACUGGACCCCAGACCGAACCCACUGAGAUUGCCCGCUUCCACAGCCUCAGGGACCCCAGCUUGAGACCCAACGCCACACCCAAUCACAAUCAUGGCCCGGCACACAGCAUCUCCGUAGUAAAGUACUUCUCUCCCGCACCCUCCUCCUGCCUCCUUCACGUCCCUGUCUUGUCAUCCCGCUUGGACGACUUCGGCUGGCCUUGUCUUACCCGUCGUCCUCGAUCCUCGACCCUCACACCUUGUGCUUCUUGUUAUCUUGCGCUGCCUCCAUCUCUCCCCUCGAUUUCUUUUUACCCGACAACGACAGACCUCCUUCUCCCUCUGCUCCUGCUCCUCCUCCUCCUCCUCCUCCUCCUCUCCUGCCACACCGACCCCGGAGAUACCUCUCAAUGCCGUGCUAGGCCGCCAGCGACAGUUGAAUCACACUCUUUUUGCGAACAUUGGUACUUUGCUUGGUGUUUGUGAGGUCGAACAUAUCAGCGGGCCAAGACAUCUCCCACGGGCUCGAAUAAUUCGCCAGCUGCCAUUCCUUCUUACCCGCUUGAUUGUUGCUCGUUCUCUCGUUCCUUGCGCACUCUUGUAAUCACAGGAAUCUCGAGAUAGCAUCUGGUUUUCAAAUAAUACUCGGCAACGUCCGCUCUUUCGCGACAAGCACUGCUCGGUCAUCAACAAUCGUCCAGCCAGCGCACCAGGAUGGGGGACAACAACUUCCAGCAAAUGUUCCAGGAACAAGCGAGUCAUGACUACCACCGACGCGCCUCGUCGAUGAUGGACCCUCGGCAACAGCACUGCAUGGAAUCGGUGGCUGCCAUGCAGCGUUAUCAGAACCCCGUGACGUCGUGGCCACAAGCCCAGGCCCAGCACACCAAUCUGGAGGCCAUGUCGAUGUUGCAGCAAGCCCAGAACAACCAUGGGUUCCCCAUGAUGCUACAAUCCAACGGACAACGAUUCUAUCAGCCCUCCAUGAAAAUGUUUCAUCAGGCACUGCAGCAGACUCAAGGUCCUCAACUCUACCAUGCCACUAUCGCAUGUAGCAAGCGCUUUUCCGAGGAGGAAAAGCAGAAACUCGAGAAAGUCUUCACAGAUGAGACACAGAAGCCGAGCACCAGUCGAAAGCGCCAACUGGCCGAGGAACUAGGCUGCCCUGUCCCGAAAGUCAAUAACUGGUUUCAAAAUCGGAGGGCCAGAGAGAAGCAGGUGCAUAGGGUGCAGGCAUACGAGGCCAGCCAGGCCGCUGAUUCAGCAGCGUCGGAGACUGACGUCGUGGAUGCUCAAGAGGAUGACAACGAACAAGCUACCAGCAGUGAAUUUUACAGCCUGAGCAACCGGAGCCAGCCUAUGCAGCCCUCUUCGGCCCCGUUCUCUGGCGCAGCUGACCUGCCGGAGCAGCAUCUCCCGUCUCCCACCUCUACAAGGGGCCAAGAGAGUGAGGAUUGCACCACCGACUCAUCCGCUGCGAGCCCAGCCGCCGUUUACAGCGCGUCACCGGCGGAUGGUCACAAUAGAGCUUCAGUCACGGACAGCCACGCCGUCAUCUCACAGCCUCAGCAAUUGCCGCCGAAUCAGAUAGACACCUUUUCUGGCACCAACGUCCCCAUGAUCGCGGCGACUUUUGAGGACUCAAACGGUGACUUCUCGUCUUCGCCGGACGCAUACACGGAUGCGCAGGAUCAGAUGUCUUUCCAGUCGCUUAAUGGCCAGUUCGCCCCGGACUUUUCCACCACCGAAAUGCACGGCCUCCCGAUCUUCUCCUCGGACGUUGAACGAUCAGACUCCUUUACAUCAUCAGCAUCGAUCUUGACGCCGAGCACCGCAACCUUCAGUACUGGCAUGACGAGCCACGACCACGCCGGAGACCAAUCAGGUAUAGGAGAAUCAGACUUCUCCAGUAUCGAGACACUGUCCCCAGAUAUGAACUCUGGAGCCUCGCCAUCUGUUGAGCAAUCGGACUCGACUGCUGAUACUGCUUUCACGCAUCCGAGCAUUGCUUCGCGAAGGAAGACCCGGCCACCACAAAGGCUGAACCAGACGGCCCUGCGUAACUAUCCUAAUGGGCCAAAGACGGGGAUCGAGGGCUCUAAGCGAUCUGACAUGUACGGAUCGAUGAGACGGGCUGCGUCAGCCAACGGCCCGCUCUCUGGCAAGAUCUUCAAAUCCGCCCCUCCUGUCUCACCGCUGUCACCUCGAUCUUUCGACCCGAACUUCCUCGAGCAGUUUGCCAGAAACUCAUCGCUAGCUGUCGCAUCCAACACAUUCAAAGACGUCCCCGAGGGAUCUCCCGUCGGCUCGACCUUCGAGACGCAGUACCUAUCAGCAGAUGCUCCUCGGUUCAGUUUCCAGAGAACUUCUGUCUCGAUGAGUAGCCUCAGGGAAACCGCAGCAGCGUCUCCAAGCACGCCGGAUUUCAUGCGCGACGGUGCCUUCACUGGAGUCCAAAAACAGGGCUUCCAGUCCUUCCACCACCCCACCUUCGCGCUGGACACUGGCUACGGGAAUACCUCCUCGUCGGACGAGGCGCUGGCAACUCCCAGCCUGUCUCAAUUUGGGUCGGAGAUCGAGUUCCCCACCUCGCUGUGCGCGCCGAGAUACGUCGAGAGCGAACCAGCCACUCCCGCUGCCAUACAAUCGCAGGCAUUCCCUGCUUUCAAGUUCGACUCGCCGCCACGGGGAGAAGUCUACCCAUGGUCGAGGUCGCCGGACCAGAUCCCGAUGUGGAAGGGGUCGAUCGCGCAGCUCAGCGAGCCCCAUUCUCACAACUUCCAAUUCCAACCCAACAUCACCCCACAAAACUUCCAGUCCCCCGGGCAAGGUUGAGAGCAGCAUAUCAGGGCCGACUCUGGAAAUAGUGUAUUAUUAUAAUGAUCUAAUGAACGGCCUGGCAUUAAUUGGGAUGCCCCCUGUGGACUGGAAUAGCCUCUUUCAUUAUACAUCUAUCAUCUUGUAUCAACAUCACACUUUCUUUUUAUCUGGCAUUGGAUGGAAGCAGACAGCCACAGCGUCCUGGACGAUACCCUGAAAAAAUUGUCUUAAUAACACACACUCCCUUAAUCUAAUAUUGCUGAGAUAAUGUGAACCACGGGGUACGCCUGGCGAGUGGGUCACGAGGAACACGGGGUUCCAGGGUGGAAUGACGCGUUGGCAGGGAGAAAUGAGGCGGCUUGGUAUGAACAAGAGGCGUUGUGAGGGGCUCGGAGGCGACAAGGGAUCCGUGACGGCCCGGGGAUGGGAUAGUUGAUAGCAGAGGUAGCCCAACGAAUAGACACGAGGCUUCUUGUGAUGUGAACAAGGCCAGCAACA